AUGGAGAAGGAACCUCGGCGCCAUCGUCAAUCUAGGAGGUGUUCGGUAUGUCGUCUGCCUGUGAAGGGACAUCCGGGCCCGUGCGGUCCAGGGAAAUGCCAGUACGAAAGAGGGAAGGGAGCGUCAGACUCGGACGUGUACUUUUCCCGCCUGAAGGACACGGUUCGACAUCUGAGGAAGGAGAGCAAGGUGGACGAGAUUGCGCGGCGGGUAUGGUCCGAGAGCACAUCGGAUGAGUCAGAAGACGUCCUGACGCCCCGGCCCCGUUCUUUGCCGGUCAAGACAGCAGACCUGUCUCCGAGACGGGUGGACGGGAACCAGGCUCGACACGCGAGGGCUUACAGAGUCGCCGGCGACAUCAAAGCAUCAAAGAAAGAAUCGGACUCGGAGCAGUAUACUGUGAGGGAUCUACGGGCGUCGAAGAAGUUGGUGAGAGAAGUAGACCAAGUGCUGGAGGGUUUACUGGAGCCAACGUCUCGUGCAAGGGGCAAGAUUGCUGAGAAACGAGGAAACCACCGCUCCAGCUCCACAUCGUCAUGUGGCAGUAACAGUAGCGCUAGCAGUGAGGAAGAUCGGCCGCACAGAGCACGCUCGACUCGUUCGCGGCGUUCUAGGCAACGUAGACGGCACAGGAAGCGGAGCAACAGCAGAGACAAGCGGCAUAGAAAGCGGAGCAACAGCAGAGGCAAGCGGCACAGAAAGCGGAGCGACAGUAGAGAAAAGCGGCACAGAAAGCGGAGCGACAGCAGAGAAAAGCGGCACAGAAAACGGAGCGACAGCAGAGAAAAGCGGCACAGAAAGCGGAGCGACAACAGAGAAACGCGACACAGAAAACGGAGCGACAACAGAGGAAGGUCGAGAGCUGCUUCAUCGCGUAAACGGGGAGAAAGGAGUCGCAAGAAUCGGUCCAGUUCGGACAGUUCGUCGUCCCAGUCGCGUUCAAGAGACAGGCGUCAAAAGAAAGCUGAGACAGACCUGAGCUACUUGCGAGAACAGGCACGUCGGACAAAAUUUGCUGCCUUCGCGGAAGGAACUUGGUCAAAUCUUAGAACACAGUUGAGGACUUAUCUUUUGUUUUGUACAUUUUAUGAUAUAACUGCCUUUCCAGCCACCUUGGACACACUAGAGUCGUUUUCUCAGUUUUUAACGGAAGUCGAACUUCUUAGCUAA